AUGAUGGAGCUGGCAGAAGGCGGCCUGGCCAACGAAGCCGAGGACGCGCUCUACGAGAUGAUCGAUGCCGGGGUGAAGCCUGGCCCUUUGCACUUCGGCGCCAUCAUCGCCUCCUGCGCCCAGGCUGCGGACACCCAGCGGGCGGAGCGGUGGCUGUUCCGCAUGAAGGCCUUGGAGGUGCAGCCGGAAGCCGGGAUCUUCCAUGAGCUGAUGCACGUGGCAGCGGAGGCGGGCAACCCGGCCGCCGCGGAGCAGUGGAUGAACGAUGCCUGGCAGGAAGGCUUUGAGCCAGACCUGCAGACCUUCAAGUACAUCCUGCGAUCGCUCAGGAAAGCCCAGGACACAGUACAGUUGGAGACCUGGUUCGAGCGGCUCAUGCAAAUGAAGCUGCAGCCAGAUAUGGAGUGCGUGAACGAGAUCAUUGGAGCUUUUGCUGACCAAGAGAAUCUUGACAAGGCUGUAGAGUGGACGGCCAUCGCCAAGCGAUUGGGCCUCUCUCCCGACGUUCAGACCUACAAACUGCUCAUUGCCAGCUACCUCAAGCUGGGCUUGCUGCAGGAGGCUGAGGGGGUCAUCGAGGAGAUUGCUCAGCCCAGUGCUGAUGUCUUUGUCCUGCUCAUUGGCGAUGGCCGCACCUACCGAGAGCCCCAGAUGGUGCAGAGAUGGGCUCAAAGGUUACUGGAUGCCGGAAUCGACAUUGACAGCUUGGGGCUCAGACUGGCGCUGGUGGACUCGUGGGAGGCCAGCUCGACGAUCAGGCGCAGAUUCAAGGGGGACAAAGCGUGGCUCUUGCUUCCACCUAGCAAAGAUCCUGAACAAGAUGAAAUGGAGAGGCCGAUGAGCACGCGCUCUUUGGCCUUCAACAGCUCUGCAGUUGCAGCUUUGAUUCGGCGCUUUGCGCCGCGCAAGCUCAAGGUGCGGAUGCUUUUGGGCCCGAUCAAGGGCCUUUAUCAGGUGAUGGGGGCCCAGGCGGACCGCCGUCAGACGUACGUGGAUGCGUGGGUGCUACGUAGGCUCUACACCUAUGCCCGCAGGAGGCAGCAAGAUGAUGAAGCGGUGCGCGAGAUCUUUCAGCUGCUGCGGGACUUUGGUCAUGGACCCUUGCGAGAAGAUGAGUGCGAUGAGGGGGACACGGACGAGGAUGGCGAGUCCGGCGAGUCUGAGUCGGAAGAGAAAGAAAUAGAGGUUGUGGAUUCUCACGAGGAGGGCUCUAUGGAGAACGUGCGCUUCAUGGGCGCUGAGCUGAAGGAGCUGGAAGGCAAGUCUGAGGCAGACUUGAGACGCCUAGGAGCGCUUGCGCUGGCGGAGGACGCGAAGAAGCAGGCGGAGGCCAACGAAGGUGCCCCGCAACAAUCCGAAGAGGAGCAGCUCCAAGCUGAACUGGAUCGCCUGCUGGUGGAACUUCAAAUGGCCGAGAGAUUGGUGCAUCAGAUGGAGUGGCUGGUGCUCAUGCUGCCAGUGGUGCUGGCGAGGAGCCGCGCAGCAAGCCGGCUGAAGGUGGAGACGCAGGCCUACGUCGUGACGGCAGAUGGCAGCGCUGCGAGAACCCCGUCCCCAGCCCAGAAGCCGGAGCUUGUGGAGACACCGGAGAAGGCUAGGUUCCCAGAAGAAAGGCUCCGUGCAUGGAUCGUUUAA